AAAGCACAAAAGUAAACGAUUCUUUCUUUCUGUCUUCUCACAAACUAGACAAGUAGACGAUAAAAUUCUUUGAACAGCCAGCAAGAUUGCGCACGAAGCUCGAGCGAAAGGCAUCUGUAGGAGUUGUUCUGUCCGAUUCCUUCAAAGAAUAUCUACUGUUCAGGUAAGAGGAAGAGAUGGGUUCUAUGUUCAGUGGAAAUCGAUUGAACAAGGAAGAGAUGGAGGUUGUCGUGAACAAAGCCAAAGAGAUCGUCUCCGCUCACCCUGUCGUUGUCUUCAGCAAGACUUACUGUGGUUAUUGCCAGAGUGUGAAACAGCUGUUGACACAGCUAGGAGCAACUUUUAAAGUACUUGAGCUCGAUGAGAUGAGUGAUGGAGGUGAGAUCCAAUCAGCUUUAUCUGAGUGGACUGGACAGAGCACUGUUCCUAAUGUUUUCAUCAAAGGCAAACAUAUCGGUGGAUGUGAUAGAGUGAUGGAGAGUAACAAGCAAGGCAAGCUUGUGCCUCUACUUACUGAAGCUGGUGCUAUCUCCAAUUAACUCUUCCCAGCUUCGAGUGAAAACUCUGAAACUAGUGUCCUAUAAACAGUGGAAAUGAAGAAGAAUGUUAUAUGUUACAUAUUGUCAAGUACCCAAAUAAGGAAAGAUACUUGUGGUUUUCACUUUGCUUUAAACAAAACAUUAACACUGCUGUUUGUGCUGUGCUGUAGUUUGGUUAAUGGAAAACUAAUUUGAGUAAAAAACUUCUGGA